ACGGUGUCAUGCGCAGUGGGAGGUGGCCCCGGUAACUAGGCCUCAAGCCUGGCGCUGAUGGAGUCCGAGCAGCCGGACAGCCUGGAGGGCUGGGUGGCCAUUAGGCCUGAUGUGUUCUCCGAGACAGAGAAGAGCUGCUUGCGGUUCCUGGUGGCCUGGAAUGAGGUGGAGGGGAAGUUCGCCGUCACCUGCCAUAGCCGUGGGCAGCGGCGGAAGGCGGGAGGCGAGCCCGGGGCUCAGGGCAGCUGGGCCGCGCUGUACCGCCCGGAGGAGCUGCGCUGGAUCCACCGGCAGUUGGCGACAAGCUGCUCGGCCCUGUGGCCGUGUUUCCCGGUGCUGCCCGAGCUGAGGGGCCCCGGGCUCUGGGGCCUCCUGUUCCCGGGCCGGUCCUUGGCCGAGGGCCCGGAGUCCGGCGCCGCUCUGGAAGCCUCCUGCCGCCAGCUGGAGAGGUACUUGGACGCUGCGGCCGAGCUGUGCGGCCGCCGCAUCCUCCUGGAGUCGGUAUUCCCCUCGGACUCCGACGGCGAAUAUUUCGAGAAUCUGACCGAGUUCCGGAGGAGAAGCCUCGAGCAGCGAGUGGCCCGUGGCCGGGAAAGCCUGCGGGAGAUCCUGCACCAACACAGAGCUGCUAAAGAUAUGGUGACCCUUAAAACCAUCUACCAGGAAGAAGACGAGGCCUACAACGAACUGGUCAAUGCAGCCACGCAGUUUUAUCAGUAUUUACUACUGCCUUUUCGGGACAUGAGAGAGUUUGCUUCUCUCUGUAAACAGGAAAUCUUGAAAUCCUUGGAAUUUGACGAGUUGGGUCCAAGGAGAAUUCAAAGCCUCGAGAAAGAUGCUGAGGAAUGGUCCAUACGGGUGCAGGAAGCGGUCUGCUCAAUCCAGGACAUCACAGUGGAUUACUUUAAAGAGACUGUGAAAGCACUGGCUGCCAUGCAGAAACAGAUGGAGGAAGAUCGAAAUCAUUUUGGCAAAGCUGCCUGGGCCAGUGUAGCGCCAAGACUGGAGCAACUAAAGCUUAUGUUUGCAAAGGAAACGUUGCAACACACCAGAGCAAAAGAACUUUGUCUUAAUCGCAGGAAAGUAGAGAUUCAGCAGAAGAUGGAACUUCUUGACAGCCAGGAAGUGGUGGAAACAGUGGAUGGGUUAGAAAUACAGUAUUAUGAAACACAGCUGGAACUAUACAGUAUUCAGUUGGAAAUGUUAAAGAAUGAGGAGUUGCUCCUUUUUGUACAGUUGGACACCAUUCGACGCCGGAUGAAAGAAAAGGAGGAGGAAGUGGUUUAUUAUGACACCUGUGAAGAUCCUGAGCAGCUUCAGGCCAAUGACAACCUGGGGCUGACACAUGACACUCGUUCAGUGGAAAUUAAAAAAAUGUGGCACCAGAUUCACCAGUUGGAGACCAAACGGGGUCGUAUUUGUGCACGCAGGUCCUAUCUGAGAAAUAAGCGGGAUCAAUGUGAGAAAUCUUGGAAAGCAAAGCAGCAACAAGAACAAGAAAACCAGAAGCGCAUCCAGCAACACCACAGUAUCCAGCUGAAACGUGACCAGAAAAAAGAAGAAGCUCGAAGGAAGAGGGAGUGGGUAAACCUAGAACGGCAAAAAACUUUACAGCGACUCCGAGCAUUUAAGGAGAAAUCAUCAGCACAUUUUGUAUUUCAACCUCGUUGCCAAACCCUUGGGGUGCAGAGACAAUUCACACCUUCUCCUGCAGCACCCACUGUGGCUGAUCAGCCAAUGUCCCUCAUGGAUCACUCCUCCAGAAAGAAACCUGCAUCGGCCAGAACUUCAAAAGCAGCCAGUAGUGGCCUUCCAGCUCCCAACGAUAUUCCAGUACAAAUCUUCCUGCCACCAGGACAGGCAGUAUCUCCUACAACACUCGCACCGCCUCUGCCUCCGCCUCCACCUCCCCCACCACCGCCGCCUGCAGUGCCUGCCCCUUGUGUUUUGCUGGGUCACAAAAGCACUUCAAUACAUGACGAUCAGGGUCAACCACUCCUAACCUUGGAAGAGAAUUCACUGAAGAAAUCCCUGAAGGAAAAUAUAGGAACUAUGGAUGAUGUACUAGCUUCUUUGAAGCGUGGUGAAGUUUUGCUUCGAAAAGUAGAUCAGACAAAGCCGCAGUGUCUCGACAACACCGAGGACCUGCGACAAAACCUGUUGGCUACAAUUCGACAAGGUGUCCGUUUGCGAAAGGUGACAGUAGGAGGUAACCUCCCUGUGAGCACUGAUCCGGCCACUGAGUUGGAGCGUAGCAUUAAAGCAGCCAUGAAGCGAAUGAAAAAAGUGUCCCCGGAAUCUGAUGAAGAAGCAGAUGAUGGCAAUCAGUCUGAAGAAUGGGAGAACUGAAUAGGUGUUUUCUCCACACUUGCUCUGCAAUUUGAUUAUCUGUCACUAAAUUUGUUUGUCUGUCUGCAGGAAUUGACAGGAAAUAAUUGAUAUCAAAAACAAAAUGUAGAUUUGAGAAGUUAAACGACCUACUCAAUUCUGUGCCAAGUUAUCAGAUGAAUGGCUAGGUGCCCUUCACCAAAGAAGUUCCUGAAAUUCAAAUGUCAAGCAUAAGGAUUUAUUUAUAACUUUGCAUUUUCCAAAUUCUGUGCGUUAUUGGAGUGAAAAUAAUACUACAGUACUGCUGUUCUGAAUGAACUACAUUGAAUCACGUGAUUUGAUCAUAAACAUGAAUGCCUUUUGCCAAAAAUAACUCACUCAGAUCUUUUAAUUUAACAUCUGAGCUUCAGGAAAAUGAGUUGCAAAGCAAACUGGAUGGGGCAGGAUGGAGGAAAGAAUGCAAUUAGCUUGCCUUUGUAUAGCACCUUUUACAAACUCAGAUUUUCCCAAACUCAAAAUAAUGAAGCACUUUUAAUUGGGAAUGUUGUCAGUUGUGUAGGAAAUGUGGCAGCCACUUGCGCUCAGCACCUACAACCAGCAAUGAUGAUGAUGGUGUCAGUGAUUUGAUGACAAUGAUGUUUCAUCAGGAGGCAAGCAGCUACCAUAGGCCAGUGAGGCUUGGUGGCUGACUCCAAGCCAUGUAGGAUAGAGAGCUUGGAUAAGCUGAGGUAAUGUUAAUCAAAAAAAAUCAGUUUGAUUAAAGCAGAAUGUAUAUGUUCAACAAUAAAGCAUAAGCUAGACUGAGCUAACAUAAGCUCAGAUUGUUUCAUAAGCACUGACUGCAGGCUGUCUAUAAUGUAAUAUAGCAUGGCAGUGAGAUACAGGGCCAGUUCUCUUGAGCUCCCCAAAACUCUAGGUGUUUAACUGUGAUGUGCUGUCAUUUGUCUGUAUUCGCCCAGCUGACAUCUUACCCAGAAUACCUCAUUAGAACAGCAAUGACGACUGUUCCAGAGAGGUGUUUAGAAAGCAGAGCUGACCAUAAAUGUUCCAUAGGUUUGUUCUUUUAAUUUUUCAGUCGCCUCUAGAAUCUGAGGUCCUACCAGCUGCCGCACUGAGGCAGACAAACAGCAUAGGCUUGUUCCAGCCUGGGCCCUGGCUUGGGUAUUCUCUGACUAGAGAUGAGAGAUCAUCAGCCCAGGCUUUUGCUCAUUAGCCAGUCCCUUCUGGUGAGAGUGGGAUGGGCCUGGACUCUGAAACUCUCUGCAGUUAAUUGCUACAGUGGUUUCUGCAGGUGAGAUUCAUGAGAGAUGUGGUUACUUUUGGGUUCUGAAGGACACUUUGCAGAACUCAAUGCCAGUAAAAGAUAAGGAAAUAUCAAUUAACAUUUCAUUAAUCUCUAGUAUAGUGAAUUUAAAACUCUGGACAUUGGAUGUGUAGGGAAUGGUUUAGAAGGGGUGGGCGCUAGGAAGUUGUUUCCGUUAGGCGGGAGACUAGGACCUGUGGGCACAGCCUUAGAAUUAGAGGGAGUAAAUUUAAAACUGAAAUGAGACGACAUUUCUUCAGCCAGAGAGUGGUGGGCUUGUGGAAUUCAUUGCCACAGACUGGGACGUUGGAUGCCUUCAAGGCAGAGAUCGACAAAUUCUUGAUCUCCGAAGGAAUCAAGGGCUACAGGGAGAGUUCAGGGAAGUGGAGCUGAACGGCCCAUCAGCCAUGAUUUAAAUGGUGGUUUGGACUUGAUGGGCCGAAUGGCCUUACUUCCACUCCUAUGUCUUAUGGUCUCAUGGAAUAAACUGUUGAGAGAUUAUUAAUGAAGGCACAGUUUACCCUUUUAAAGCUUCUGCAAAUAUACUUAACUAUAAAUUGUAUUUUUUUGCACAGAUCUACAGUUGAAAUUGAUCAUUUAUUUUUAAUAAGAAUAUUCAGGUUAUUAAUCUAAGGCACUUUAAGAUGUAAUUAUAGAACUCUCACCUUGCUGUUUCACAGGACUGUACUGCUUUCAAAAUAGACUGAAAUAUUGUACAAUUAAUCUCUUUAAUUUCUUUUAAGCUCUUUGCGUGUAAUGCUGUAUGUACUUGGAGUGUCUGCUGCUCUGUCCCUGCAGAAGUUACUGAAAUUUUAUUUGAAACCUUUGCUAUUAAUAGUGCUGAAAAUAUAUAACGUUUCAGUUUUAUUCCUGUAUAUAUUACCUUUGUUUCGCUGUCUUGCGAGAUUUCCAUGUUGCAAGAUCUUGGGAGCGGGUAUUGGUUAUUGAGCCCUUUAAAGGAGCAGGAGGAAUUAAUUGCACAUGUGGCCUGGUUCUAAUGUUAAGGUUUGCUCUUUAUUCAGAGCUCUCCACCAGAAGGAAAUGUUGAAUGUAGUGUGUGUUGCAUAGUCCAUGCUUUUAUUGCCCCCUCCUAACUCUGCAAAUUGAAAGACAACUUCAGCAUUUCUUGAAAACUCUGAUCUUCUUAAAGCAUUUACUGCUAAAGAACUAAUAGAAUGUCUGCUGCCGCUACUGAGGUGUGUUCAGUCCAUGUGCAAAAUGUACAUGUAUUAUCGUUGCUGGUGAUGUCAUGCCAUCUUGGUCACUAAUUGGGUGCUGCCAUGUUUUUUUUCUGGCACUGUUUCACAAAGUGAGCACGUGCAGAACUUUCUGCAUAUACAGUGUGAUCAUUUUUGGGAUGUCGGGCGACGCAGGCCAGAACUAAAGUCCAAACUGUAACCCCUGACCUGUAUAAGAUCAUUACUGAAUUGAGAUGGCAUCAGUAGGUGAUAUCUCCGCUCCCGAGGUGAUAUAUUUGACAGUUUACAAGCUUGGUGAUUAAUGCUAACUUGGACAAUGUUGGCUUAAUCUUUUUAAAAAGUGACAGACCGGAGACCGUUGGAGUAAACAGCUGAUCCUGGCGGGGAUAACCAUUUAUGGACGUUCUUGCGGCAUUCUUUGUAAUGACAGUGGUUUUGCGGGUGGGGGGGGGGUGUGCGAGGCUAGUGACAAAUGGAAUCCCAGGAUGUGGUUUUUGAGGAUAUUUUUCACUGAAAUGUCUAAGUUGCGUUUCUGAUCACCUGUUUAUUUUGUCACUAAGGCAACUUAUUUCCGAUUCUGUAGCAUUGUCCACCCCCACAUCAGCCUAUCUGCUGCGGAAAAUCGUAUCCAUUCCAUUAGAAGAGUGGAUGUGGAGAUAGCAAGAUCCUUCUGAUGUUCUUACUGUCUAAACUUGAAACUGGGCUGACUGGGUCUGAAUUCCCCAUCAUGCUUGUGUUUGCUGACCCAUGGCUCCUGGCCAAGUCUUGUUUUUAAAAUGCUCAUCCUUGAUUUCAAAUUCCUCUUCUGCCUCACUCUUCCCUUAUAUAGUUGCCCUCAUCUAAUUCUGGUUUCUCUAACCCUCAAUUUUAUUGCUGCACCUUGUUUUCCUCCGUGAAGACACUCCCAGUAAAUAACUUACUAGCAUUUUGACUGACCUAAUAUCAUCUUUAUUCAAAAUGGGAGGCAGCUGGAAAACAGGUCAGUGAGCUUAGCAACUCUCCAAGAAAAUAUUCAAAACUAUUAUUAAAGAAGUUUUAAUAGCAGGGCAUUUGGAUAACUUUGCAUUAAAUCAGACAGCCAACAUCAUUUUUGUGAAAGGGAAAUUCUGUUUAACCAAGCUGCCAGGUGUUAUGAGGAUGUAAUAAUGUGUUGACACUGAAGGGGAGGUAGUAGAUGAACUGUACUUAGAUUUUUAGAAGGCAUUUAAUAAGGUGCAGAGAAGUGAAAGAAAUUAUUGUGGAGAAGAAAAGCACAUGGUGUAGGGGUGUAGCUUGUUGGCAUGGAUACAGGAUUUGUUCUGAGAAAGGGUCACUGGACUCAAUCAUUAACUCUGAUUUCUGUUCACAGAUGCUGCCAGACCUGAGCUUUUCCAGCAACUUCUGCUUUUGUUUCUGCUUUACAGCACCUGCAGUCUUACAUGAAUACCAAUUUGGCUGGUUAGCAAGAAACAGUGGGCGUACUUAGGGUAUUUUUCAGGUUGGCAAGAUGUAACAAGUGGUGUCACAGGGAUCCCAACUUUACAAUUUAAAUCUAUUUACUUGGAUGAGGAAACAGAAGGUAUUGAAGCGUCUUUGAUACCGUGAACAUAGGUAGGAAAGUGAGCUGUGAAGAGGGUUUAAAAGCAUUGUAAAGGAUUAAAGAUAAGUGGCAAAGAUCUGGCAAAUGGAGUAUAAUGUAGGAAAAUGUGAAAUUAUCCAUUUGGCAUCAAGAAUUAAAAACAAAUGAACUAUAUAGCCCAUGGGUGCAAAAGGAUCUGAAUGCUGCAAUGUAUGAUUCAUAAAAUGCUAGUGUGCAGGUACAGCACGUAAUUAGGAAAGUGAAUGUAUUUGUUUUAUUGUGGGGGAAAUUGAAUGCAAAAGUAGCAGCGUAUCCUUCAGUUGUACAGGGCAUUAGUAACACCAUGGAGCAUCUCAGGAACACAAAAGCUGAUGAAGGGUCUAGGCCCGGAACAUCAGCUUUUAUGCUCCUGAGAUGCUGCUUGGCCUGCUGUGUUCAUCCAGCCACACAUUUUAUUAUCUCGGAUUCUCCAGCAUCUGCAGUUCCCAUUAUCUCUGAUUGGUAACACCAUGUCAGGUCCACAGUAUUAUCUAAUUUACACAAGGAUAUAAAUGCGUUUGAAUCAGUUUGGAGCCAGUUUACUGGACCACCCCCUAGAAUUCUUUUUCUAUUCAUUUGUGGGAUGUGGGUGUUGCUGGCUGGCCAGGAUUUAUUACCCACCCCUAGUUGCCCUUGAGAAGGUGGUGGUGGGCAAUUGAUAGGUUGUCUUAUGAGGGAAGGAUGGACAGAGUUGACUUGUAUCUGCUUGAGUUUAGAAGUAUAAAUGCUAAUUUGAUCAAAAUAUGCAAGAUCGUGAGGUUAUGUCAGGUGUAAGAUUGCAGAUGUUUUGUUUGAAAAUGGAAGUUGGAACACUUGUUUUUAGAACUAUGGGGUUCUCUUGCUGAAACUGAAUUUGGUACAGUACGUACUGAGGCACACAGGCAGCAGGCCUCUUUGAAAAAGGUAAAAAAAAUAACAAGUCAGCAAUGGUUUGUGGCUUCAGACCUCCAAACGCCGCCCCCCCGCUCUCCCACCCACCCCCCGCCGUGUCCCCUCCCCUCUGUGUCCCAAGAAAUUGACAUUCAAAAAAUGCCAAAAGAAAUGGUUAACUCAAGGCAAGACCUAGGUCUAAGUAAUCUGUUAAGAAAUUGAGGAUGCCAUAUGAUGAUAUCACCAAAACUCAAAAAGGGACUGUUGGAAAGUUUCUUUAUUCUCCCUCUUAGUUUGAACUUUGGUUCACAAUCUUUUGUCUUUUUGUCUAUAUUUAACAUCCUUAUUUCGAUUUCAAAUUGUCUCCUCUAUCCUAUUUGUGAAGGAUUGUGUGUUUGUUUUUGGGUUUAGUGGAGAUAUCGUUUGUUUGCAUACUAUUAAUUAAUCAGUUUUUGCCAUAUGUUAGAGAAUGUGAUUAUUAGAAUAAAUGUCUUUUCCCUUCAUUGAAA